AUGUCAGAUAAAACUUUAGACGAACGUACUACAGCAAUUCUUACUGAACAUUUAGAAUUUGCUCCCUUGACACUUAUUGAUGACGUGAUCAAUGCGGUGAAUGAAAUCAUGUACAAGGGAACAACAGCUAUUGAAACAUAUUUAAAAGAACAAAAACAAUUAAUGAAAAAUGGGAUAUUUACCAAAGUUACUGAAGAUGAAAUAGAAAUUGGUAUGGGGAAAUUAGAAUCAUUAUUAGAAUCGACUAUAGAUAAGAAUUUUGAUAAAUUUGAAUUAUAUUGUUUAAGAAAUAUUUUCAAUAUACCUAAAGAUCUAAUACCAUAUAUACAGUUAAGCCAUCAACAAGGAAUUGAAUUUAAAAGUGAUAAUGUUGAACAAAAACGUGAAUUUGAUCAACAAAUUAAAAAUUUACAAUUGAAAAUCAUGCAAGAAUUACAACUUCGAAAAAUCUUAAAAUUACAACUUGUCAAAGUCCAAAAAUUAAUUAAAGUAUUAAUAGCCAUUGAUAAUGAUUUCAAGAAAAUAGAUUUUGCUAGUGGUGGUGGUGGUAAUGAAGAAUCAAUAAGAAUUUUGAAAAAUCUUCAACCUAUUGAUGAAACAUUAUAUUUUUUAAUUAGUCAAAUUAAAAAUCUAAUAAAUCAAAUUGAACAAUUAUCAAAUAAAGUUAAUACCAAUUUGAAAACUCAAAAAUUUAUACCCAAUUUGCGUGAUAAAUUCAUUGAUGGUAGAACAUUUAGAGUUUUACAACAAACGGGGAUUUGGAAAGAUUUGGAAAAAAAUGAUAUCAAGAUUCUGGUGCAGGGAAAUGACAAUAAUAAUAAUAAUAAUAAUAAUAAUAAUAAUACCUUAACAGAUUUACAAAAUCAAGACGACAUUGAUAUGAUAAUACCAGAACAAGACGAUAUAGAUGUGGAUGCAAUAAAGAAUAUAAAUGCUCAAAUUUAA